GGGUAUUGAAGUGGAUGUUAAUCAAAGUUUCUCUGAUAAAUUUUAUCUAUGUGAACCUGAUCAAGACAAUGCAAGUGUUAAACUUUUUUAUACUCCAAAAUAUUCAGCACAAUACUGCGAUGAAACUGAAAUGAAGUCAUUAGGUGAAAUUAAUAUUGAUUUACCUGACACUCAUUUGGGACUUGAUAAACCUGUAUUAGUUACUUUGUGCUUUGGAAAAAUGGAAGUGGUUGCAACAGUAAAGAACGAAACGAAUGGUGAUACAUAUACUAAUUCUUUUAAAUUAGAACUUUAG